UCUUGCGAUCAAGCAGACCGAAGGAAGAACACGUGUUUGUGAGAUAUUUGAGAAAGAGGACAUCAUUCAUUAUGAGCACUUCUUUGGCAGAGCAGCUUAAAAAGCUAACAGUACCACAGACAUCUCUUCUUAUUCAGGGCAAAGCGAGGCCUUCACUGUUGUUUGAUCCCCGGGAAGCAGCCAAGUUUGAUAGAGACACUUUUUACGAAAUAGGUGUUAGUGGCCUUGAAGAGUUGGUAAAACUGAAUCCCAGGUUUGAGGAGUUCCAUAGACACUUGUUUGAUUUAUCAUCUCGAUCCUUGGAGAGAUCAGUGGAAGAUAAGAAGACUAACAAAUCUUUGAACAAACUCAUCCGGAGAUUUUUACUUCUUCUGUCACCAUAUUUCCUUCUUAAAGCUUCACAGAAGGCACUGGAAUGGCUGGUAAACAGGUUCCACAUCGAAUCAUACAAUGUCAGUGAUUUAAUGAGCUUGAUAUUCCCUUAUCAUGAUACGCGCAUUUUUGUGCGGGUGCUGCAGAUGAUUGAUGUAUCAGAUCCGGCCAACAGAUGGCACUGGCUACACCCUUUACAAGAACCUGGUGUUCCAUUGUCAAAAACUGCGUUACUUAAUCGAUGUGCAACUGAUGCAUCUUUCCUUCAUUUCAUUUGUAAGAUGACCUCAGAUACCGUCAAGGAAUAUAAAAACCAAGAUGGUGUUCUCUCUACUCUCUUGGCUUUCCAUUGUACCACAAUAGUGGGAGGGCUGGAACAUGUGAAUAGAGUGAAUGAACUUCAAAUGACACAUCUACUGAAGUCCCUGCUUGAGGGUCUGACAUCACCCUUACUGGAUUAUGUAGCCGGUUCAUAUAUGAUAAUCGCACAGCUUACACGCCGCACUCAGCUGUCACCACAAAUCUUCUAUGGAAUUGUGGACAAGAUUGCUGAGUGCAGCCAGCCUAAACUUCAUUCAGAAUGUGUGCUGCUGUUGGUUCUUCUGUAUCAAACUCAGCACUCCAAGAAGUUGCCAUUUGUGUCAGCACAUACUGUGGAGCGAUUGGCACGUCACAGUUGGUUCCCAGAGGUUUUGAGACAAUUACGUGAAGCUGCCGUAAAUAUUAUGCCAUUCUUCCUGCCUCUCCUUCGUGCCACACUGUCAGCCGUUCAGUCCAAAACUGGUGAUAGAACGGAUCUGUGUAACUUUGCUGGAGAGCUUUUGGAAGUCUUGGAUGAGAAUGUGGCUCAGCAUGUCAUUCAAACCACCAUUGAAACAUUUGAUGUGGAUGGCCUUGCUGCAUCUGAGAAAAGAAGUUCAGAAGAUGAGAAAGAUGUUGAGAUUGGAAUUGUUGAUACAGAAGAGAUGGUAUCUUGGUAUGCUGGUUUCCUGAAGUCUCUAGAGAACCGAUAUGCAAAGUCAUAUGAUGCAGUGAUUCGUAAGGUCUUGGGCAAGGAUGGCGGUUCAUCAAAAGAGGCCACAGCAUUAAGAACCCUCCUGGGAGUAGCAGGACGGGAAGAUAUUCCCCUUGGUGGCACAGAUUUGUUCGAGAAGAUCCAUCACCCUAAUGCUGCAGUGAGAACAGAAGCUGUCCAGUAUCUUGUUAAAAAUUAUAAUUCUCUGCAGGAGCGUGACAAGGAUUUGGCAUGUUCUGCAUUGACUGCUAGGCUAAGGGAUGAUAAUGCAAAGGUUGUGAGAAUGACACUUACUCUUCCUACGGAAACACUGGUGGAGUUGCUGGGAGCAGAUGCAGCGCUGGAAGAGCUGAUAUCAUUGGCUAUGCAAUAUUUGGACAAGUCUGGCAAGGUUUCGUUGGAAGUUUCCUGCUUGUUAGUGCAGCAUUUGUGUUCUGGUCUGCUUCAUGCUAACUCAGAACUUGCUGAGAUCCGCAUUCUACUGACAUUACUUCCAUUUCUCAUGCCUGUAAAGGAUAAGGAAAUCGAUGUCAUGAUUGAACUUAUAAAGCAACAUUCAUUCAUUAACAAAUGCAAGUUCUUGGCUGCUUUAAUAAGGGAAUUAAAAUCUAGAGGCUCCACAAACACGCUUACAGACAUAUGUUCCGCUUUUUUGAAAUGUCUGUCUGAAAACAGAGAGCUACUUCCAGAUGUUGAACUUCUGUUGGAAGCUACUCAGAAGGUGGAUCCAGCCAACAGGAAGCCUGUUCACAUGCUAUUGCUACUGCUGAUGCUCGUUUCAUCUGUUCUGGAGCGACCCACUCCAGCCCUCAGCCAACAGAUACUAGAUGUGGCUGUGUUAUAUUCUGAACAAUUUCAGGUGGCAAGAGUGAAAGGGGACAUGUUGGUGAUUGAUGGUACUGUAAUGGCUGAUUGUGUAACAGCAGCGCGUGCAGGUUGUUUUCCACUGGUGGUAUUCCUGUACAGUGUGUUACAACUGUCCCGACACACGCUGUUCCCAGACAUAUUGAAGUCAGAGCAAGAAAGCUGGUGGGAUCUUGAGCAUCGUGGCAAGACAAGAAAAGACAAUGAGCUGACACUUAGGUUUGCUGUCAGAGUGUUGGAGGUUCUCCUCACAGGAUGUGGUGUUCGUUACAAAGAUGUCCGCAUGCAGUAUGCUGCUUGUCUGAAGGAAUUCUUCAAGGUGUCUUUUCCAACAUCAGUGUCACAAGUGAAGUUCCUGUGCAGUGUAAUUGCAUAUCCUGGAUCUGAACAUGGGGUAGUUGGCUGGUCUGAACUGAGGUUGCGUUGCCUGCGUCUUGUGGCUGCUAUCUUAAGACAAUCUGAUGAUUCCAUCAGCUGGGCACUUCGCUUAAAGGAAACUGUUGUUCCGGCACUGAUGACUGCAGCAGCGAAUCCCCUUGCCCCCAUUCGUCAUGCAGCAUUGGACUGCUUGCUUGUAUUGGCAUCCUCCAUUGGUGCUGGUCUGGAUUCUAACACAUACAUACCCCUACUGGAAGCAGUAAAGGACAGGCGUGAAGAGAUUAUGCUAGAUGCAGAUCAGCUGUCAUUGGUUAUGUACACAGUUCUGUCUCCAGACCCUGCAGUUCAAAGCCUUUUGAAACCGUCGCAACAGCCACAACUGGCAGCUGCAUUGAAUGCUCUGCUGACCUGCAUUACCUCAAUUAAGACACCGUUAUACAUCUCUAUGGGCCUUCUGGAUAUUCUGGCCUCUGUUAACUCACAGGAAAUUUUUCAUCGACUUCUGCCUGUUGGACGACGCAUUCUUGAAAGAGGCCAAGAGUCAAGUGGGUGGUUGGAUUUCAAUUCGUCCACCAUUUUCCGUAAUAUCGUUCAGCGACUGACAUCUGACACAGCUAUGUGUUUGGAACGUUUAGACUGUUGGAAGUUUGUGCAGACUGCAAUCAUGGAUUGGAAGACAGUAUUGCAGGACACACAAGGGAAAACUUUCCCUGCUAUUCUGAUGAUGCAGCAGAUCUCUCGUGAAGUGUUUGAAGCACUGGAUGAGUCACUGCAGCAGCAGCUGCUGACUCAACUUGUGGUUGCUGCUACUGACUCUGAAAUAUCAGAAGUGGCAUCAACAGCAGGAAGAGUCGUGAAGAAGAUUGUCCUAAAUUCAAAAUUAGUUGCAGAACGACUGGAAAAAAUGAACAAUGCCCAAGUUAAACACCAACCAAUUGUUUCUCCAGGAGGAAUGAUUCUUCGUUCAAGAAGGAAAGUAAACCAAAUACUCUCUCAUGAACUGCUCAAAACAGAAGAGUGGCGAUAUGGCGUCACGUUGCUGGAAUGGGUGCAGUCUAAGAAAAAGCUGCAGUCAACAGAGCUACUGUUAUCACCUCUUUUCUCCCUACUUAACAAGUGUUUGGAGUUUGAUGAACAACCUCCAGUGGAGUACUCUAAACAACUGGUGCUGUCAUGCCUCCUCCAUUGCUGUCAGAAACUGUCACCUGAUAGCACCACUGUUGACACAGUGAUGAAGCAAGCUCUUAAUGUGGAGACACUGGUACAGUGUAUCCGUGCGUCACAAAAUCCACAGACUCAUCAUCAUGCAUUGCUUCUGCUGGCUCACAUUGCUGGCAUAAUGCCCGAGCAAGUGUUGCACAAUGUUUUGGCUAUUUUCACGUUUAUGGGAUCUUCCAUUCUACGUCAAGAUGACGCGUACAGUUUUCAAGUGAUUUCCAAGAUUGUGGACACCAUAAUCCCUAUUCUAGUCAAGGCAAGUGAAGGCGUAGUGGAGCAUAGCUCGGAUGUGGACAGUGCAGUAUGCUCAGUACUGCGAGUGUUCGCUGAUACCGCACUGCAUAUCCCAGAACACAGACGGCUAGUUCUGUUUCAUAAGAUCCUCACUACCCUUGGUCCAGAGAAUUCCCUUUGGUUGUUUUUGUGUCUGGUGUUGGAGGAGCAUGUGAUGCGUAGCCAAGAAGAACAGACAUCAAGUGGUCGGCGGGACCGUGGAGAGCUGCCUCCAAGGCUGGAUUUUGCUCUGAAUCUUUCCAGAACCUUCUCACCAUCUGCUGUCAUUAUAACUUGCAUCAAGAUGAUUAAAUAUGUUCAAUCUCUGCCUGUAGAAAAGGAAGAAUCCAACAGACGUGGUAUUGUACGAAAAUCAGUGUCGUUGACCCUGGCUCUGAAGCUAGUACCAGGUCUGUUCAACGUUGAACUUCACACUUCUAAACAGUUACGUCAUUUUAAGUUCACAAUCUGCACAUUUUUAUCAACACUUCUGUCGUCUCCGUCAUUUGUGAACCAGGUGGCAGCAAUGGUUGAUGAGGCCACUCACAAGCUGGAGCCUCUGUACCAGGACCUAAUUGAAAAUAUGAUGGUAUACAUAGAAUGUGUACAUCAUCAACAUGAGACAGCCGAACAGCAAUCUGUGAAGUACUGGAGUGUCAUGCUUGGUCUGGCACAUGAUAUUUUGGACAAGGUAAAUGCUUUGCUUCCUAGCACCAUCUUCCUGAUGGUCAUUAAGGGUCUGUUGGACCACAGAUUGCCAACAGUUCGUCGCAGGGCCAUGGAGCUUCUAAAUACCCGACUAUAUCAGACUUCUUUCUUCACCUCAUGUAACCACAAGGCACUUUAUUCACUGCUUACACCGUUAUUGGCAGUGAUGGGCAGUAUUGGUGAUGCUACAGUCAAACCUGAUCUUGAGACUAAUCAGCAAAUAGCCAUGUUGUCAGUGAAACUCUUGGCACGGCACCUUGCUCCUGAAAACCCAUCACAAUUCAAACAGAUUUUGGAACGUGUGACAGAACUUAUCCAGUCAGAAGCAGUGCAGAAGAACCUCCUUGCAUCAGUUGUGUUAUGCUUAGCAGAACUUGUCUCUGCUCUCAGAGCCCAUGCUAUUGGAACUCUUAACCAGUUCGUGCCAGCUGUUAUUAAAAUUCUGCAUGCCCAGAAGGAAUUAGAAACGCCAAACCUGGUCCUGCUAAGUGUCGUCACGGCCACUCUGAAGAUUGUUGAAAGCUUGCCACACUUUCUUAGCCCUUACCUAGACAAGAUACUGGUCGAGGUCUCCAUCCAGUUAGCAAAAUGGCAACAUAUUGCUGAUGACAACAAAGGGAUACCAGUGGUGCAUAAGCUAAAAGCAAUCAGGCAGAAGUUAUUGAGUACAGUUGCAGUUCGAGUGUUAACUCCAGCUGUAAGUCGAUGUUACUCUCAUCUGCUUGCACAGUGGCAGUAUUCAGCCUUGGGUCCCCUGCUGUCUGUUUUGUCAGACAGUUUUUCCACGCUGUCCAGUUCAGAGUUCACACAGCUAAUGCCAGAGUUCAGAGCCUUCUUCAUAUCAGCGCUGCAGUUCCGAGCAGAUUGCUCUGCUGAGGACCCUGAUACACCUGUUUUACCAGAUGACAUUGCACAAGCAGAGGGUUAUGUAGUGGAUGCUCUUGUUGCUCUUGUACUGAAACUCUCCGAGUCAGCAUUCCGUCCCCUGUAUUACACUUUGUUUCACUGGGCCACCAGUUCUGAUGCUCACAAGGAUCGUGCUAUAACGUUCUACAGAUUAUCCAGUAGUAUUGCAGAGUGUCUCAAGGGACUGUUUGUGUUAUUUGCUGGACGACUGGUACCAAAUGCAGCCAUGCUAUUGGAUCGCAUCAAUGUCUGCAAGUCAAGUGAGAAUGAAGCUGAAGGACAAGGGUAUGAGGAAGCAUCUGCCCAGUUGUUGCUGCAGUACUUGCUGCAGACAUUGUACCGAGUAUUCCAGCAUGACAGUGGCCAGGGGUUUGUCAGUAAGGAGCGUUUUGAUGCACUGAUGCAGCCCCUUGUAGACCAGCUGGAGAAUACACUGGGAGGCGUGGAAGCUUUGCAGUCUCGGGCAUCUUCUUUGCUUACGCCUUGUUUGUCUCAGUUUGCUGUUGCUGUAGCAGAUGAUGCCUUGUGGAAACAACUCAAUUACCAGAUUCUGCUGAAGACCCGUCACGAUUUACCACAAGUUCGCCUUGCUGCCCUGGAGGUACUAUGCGAAAUGGCCCACAAGCUUGGUGAAGAUUUCCUUCCUCUUUUGCCAGAAACUGUCCCAUUUUUGGCGGAACUACUUGAGGAUGAGGAAGAAGCUGUGGAGUCAGCAUGCCAAAAGGCAGUACAGGACUUGGAGGAAGUUCUUGGUGAACCUCUCAAAAAGUAUUUCUGAUCAAGUAGCUGAGGUCAAUGAGAUCAUAUUCCAGCUGCUGUACAAACUGUGGGUAUGAGUAAGGCAUCGAGUCAUUCUUUAAGAGUUGCAGGAAUUGAUCUUCAAAUUCCUGUUCAGAAAUGUCUGUUACAUGAACUUGAAAUGUUCUUUGUCACUGAACUGGCAGAGGAUCAUUACUGGCACACUGUGUCUAAAAAUGAAGAGUUUGGUUUUCUAUGUUGUACCACCAGAGAGAGCCCAGUGUUUCAGAGGAAUGUAUGACUUUCAUCUUUAGGGUCAAAGAUUAAGCCAAGCAAGAAACCAGCAGAAGCAUGUAGCAAGCUGAAUGAAUCAAGCAUGAAAUAUUUGGCCUGACACAGGCCAAUGCACGCCUGAAAGGAACUGUGAGAGAGCCACUGGAGGGAUGACCAUUGGCCAUAAAAGGGACUUAAGUGAGGGCCAAUGGGAGUAAAGGAGGUGGCACCCUGGGUGGGCCCUGAAAAGGGCCAUUUGCUUGUUGAGUGAAGGUAGCAGUGGAGAGAAGUUGUAUGUAUGUCUAGAGAAGAGGCCAGCCAGGGAUGACUGGAGGAAGAGGCAACAGAAAAGACCGAGGAGACUGAAGCGAUGAACUACUCAGUUACUCAGUAAACAGAAAGCUUAUCUUCUGUCUUAUUUAUGUAUGUACAUGUACAUAUACCUUUUUAGCCUUUAAACGACUAAAGACAAC